AUGGGGGCCAAAAGAAAGAGCUCCGCCCGCCAACCUCCUGCAAUCUCAGCAAAUCACGCCGACAGCCAGCCUCCCCUCCCCUCCGAGUCAGUCAUCUCCGAUGACCCCUCUGCAUCCACCACGGCCGACAACCGAUUGCGCAAGAGAAAGCUUGAUGUCAACCCCAGCCUCAUUAUUCCUGCCGAUGGAGGAAGAUCAAUGAGGAGAAGAAGCCCGUCGCCGCAUGUAGCAAAGCAAGAGGGGAACGCGGACGCCGACCCGAAAGACCCGGCGAGGGCAAAAGAACUGGGGAUGAGGAUUUGGCAAAAGAUUAUGGAGGCCCAGACGAAAGAUGGGGAGCCCAUGGCUGAGCCUUUUGUCAAGCUGCCUCCCAAGCGACAAUUUCCGGACUACUACGAGACCAUAAAGCAUCCCAUGAGUCUUGAAAUCGUCAAACAAAGGCUUGACAAGCAAGAAUAUGAUACUCUCAAAGAUGUCGUUGCGGACAUUGGACAAAUCUUCAACAAUGCGAAAAGAUACAAUGUCAGAGAAUCGGCGCUUUUCCAAUGGGCCAAGAAACUCCAUGCAACCAAGGAGGACUCGGACUCUGAGGGAGACGAGCAAGAUGAAUUUACGUCUGAACCUGUCCACAGGGAGCGUACCGAGACGUUGCCUCCUGAUGCGGACGGAAGCAGUGCGCGGGAAGACGAAGAUGACGCCAAACUCCUCAACAAGAAGAAGAAGGGACCCUAUGUCGCUAGGGAGGGGCCGACAGUGUACAAAUUGAUCAAGCCUGUGCUCAAAGCAAUCAAGGAAGCCAAGGCUUACGACGGAAGCGGUCGUCUCAUCUCGGACGUAUUCAUGCAACUGCCAGAUCGCAAGGAUCUGCCCGACUACUACAAGACCAUCAAGACUCCUAUAUCAUUGGAAGAGAUUGAGGCGAAGCACUCCGGAAGGCGGUACGAGACCUGGGAAGAAUUCUUUGACGACUUGGAACUCAUGUGCAACAAUGCCAUGGAGUACAAUACGGAUGAGAGCGCGGUAUUCCAGGACGCAAAGAGGAUCAAGGACAUGUUCCCCCAGCAACGUGCCGAGACCAAGCUUCGGCUUACUUUACCUCCUGGUACGAAGCUCUCCGCCCGUCAGAAGGCCAGCGCCAUGAUCCCCGUGCGAGUCGCCAAUCCCCAUCUGGGGUAUGCUCCCUCGACUGCUACGGUCAAUUCACCGGUCACUGCCACCAUGCCCAUGUCGGGUCAUAUGACUGCUCGAGGCUCCCAUGGGUUCCCAGGGCAAAUACCAACCCCGUCGCCUGGGGCACACCACUCCAUCCCUCAAACAGCUUAUCCUGCACCUUCGCCGUCAUAUUCGCAGUCACCAUACCAUGGCUCACAUUCACUUCCCCGUCCGGGAAUGUCUCAUACAAGCUCAUCAUCGUACCUCCCGGCACUUCCGUUGGGCGUGGUCACAGAGGAAGUCGUCGCUUCUCUCGACCGGUACCCGGUACACGAACAACAGCAGUGGCUGAAUAGCCUCCCGCCUCAUGGUGUGGCCACGUACCGUUCACUCAACGUGGUUGUCGAACAGAAGAAGAGACAGGCCGCUGCCCAAGCUCAAGCUCGAGCGCAAGCAGAGGCUCAGGCCCAAGUACAAGCUCAGAAUGCGGCGCGUGUUCAAGCGCAGGCGCAUGCCCAGGCUCAGGCCAUGUACCAAUCCUUCUCACAAACCCAAACUCCUUCCCACGUGCCAUCUCCGAGCCCCGCAGCCCGCAGUGGUGCUUCAACACCUGCCUUGCCCACACCACAAGCAGAAAGAAGACCGCCUCCCCCGCAGCCAUUGAUCUCCCACCUCGAUCUCUCUUACACCUCACCUUCUGCUUUUGGCUCUCAGCAGCAGAUCAUCAAAUUGAGAAAUUCCAGAGGUGUGGUAGCGCAUUCCAUCUUGCUGGAUUGCAAUACCAGCGAGCUGGAGAUUGCAGCGUACCCAGACUUGGCACUGGCCGCAGAGCGAGGGGACCAGCAGGACGAACAAGAUAUGACGCUGCACCUGAAUGGGGUGGUAUCUAGUACAGGAAGGGUAGUUGAGAAGGAAGGAAUGAAGUGGACAGUGGCUGUGCCGCUGAGCAAGAAUGAGAACCGGAUCGAGGUGGCGGUAGGGAAAGGUGGCAGUCAAGGGGAAACUGUUAUCAUCUACCUGAAUCGACAAUGA